CAACUGUCGCUGAAAUAGUCAUGGUAGAGAGUUAAUCUGUGUUUCGCUGUGGACUUAAUUCUGCUUUUGUACGUCAGCUGUAAAAUUCAUUUGAUAUCACACACAUUCGACUAGAUAAUUAUUUCCGCAAAAUAUGAUCGCGCAGAUAUUUGACGAUUCCCUAUGGGUUCACUGUGUAGAUGGAACCGAUGGAACUCAGUUUUCGUGAUUAGCUUUGACCUGUUUAAAGUUCAGCAAGGCGAAGAUGGCUGCUGCCGGCUUGCGUAUGGGCCUGAGGGUGGCAUGUGGGUUUACCGAAAGUAUUAAUGGACAGGCAACAGUUGUAACAUCGAGAUUUCCUCACCUCAAGUAUGUUCCCCGCAAUCGUCAGCAGUGGAAAACUUGCAGCACAGCGGCAUAUGAAGGGAAAAAAAACCGAUCCAGAUCCGACGCCUCCAGGAACGGAUACAACAAGCAGUAACCUGAAAUCGGAGAUUGAAAAACUGAGUAAAGAAGUUUCGCGGUUGACAGAGGAAAACAAAACAUUGGAUGAUAAAUACAAACGUGCACUUGCUGAUGGAGAGAAUCUCAGGAGAAGAAUGAUGAAGCAGAUAGAAGAUGCGAAAUUGUUUGGCAUCCAGAGCUUCUGUAAAGACUUACUUGAGGUUGCUGAUGUGUUGGGGAAGGCAACAGAAAGUGUACCAAAGGAAGAAAUUAAAGACACAAAUCCUCAUCUGAAGAGUUUAUAUGAAGGUCUUAAAAUGACAGAAGUUCAGUUACACAAGGUUUUUAAGAGACAUGGCCUGGAACCAAUAAAUCCACUAAAUGAGAAAUUUGAUCCAAAUCUGCAUGAAGCCUUGUUUGAACAGGAAGUUGAAGGAAAAGAGGCAGGCACUGUGAUUGUUGUCACAAAUACUGGUUACAAGCUACAUGAACGUGUAAUUCGUCCAGCAGUGGUAGGUGUGGCUAAAGCCAAAUAAGGUGGUGUCUUGUUUUGUAGGACUGUGUACGUAUGGUGAUUGUAAUCAGAGGUGUGGAUGUCAUUAAGCGUUUAUUUUUUAUUAUUCAGUGCUGUGGGCAUUGACUUUGUAUUGUAAAAACAUGCGAUGACCUGCAUUUAGUGCCUGUAAAUCCUGUUGUGUACAUACAAGUGAAAUAUAAUUUUUGUUGCA